AUGGCGGGCCAGCGAAAGGACAUCGCCCGCAGGGCCAGCACGACUGGAUCAGCUGGCAACACUGCCGUUAGUGGCUCAACUGGUGAUGCAGCAGAAGUGCCGGGCCAGAGAGUCAAGAAGUGGGCCCCCAAGGUGCGAACGGGGUGUCUUACCUGUCGGGCUCGGCGUGUCAAGUGUGAUGAAGGGAAGCCGGGGUGCCAUCGAUGUGUCUCUACCGGGAGAACAUGCAAGGGCUAUCAAGAUGUUAGUCCCAAGACUGGGAAAAAGGAUGGCGAAAGUUCAAGACGUCGAUCUAGUCAUGGCGUAAGGUCGUCACGGCCAAAUAUUGAUCAAAUUGUACCCGCUGGGUAUGCCGACGACCGCAGCACAUCCGAUGGCUCUUACGGUUUCGACCGCAGUCUUUCUGCGACAUCAUCGAUGAACCAUGUGCGGGAACGGGAAUCUUCGUCCGAGACACUCUCUACUGACCACCAUUUAUCGGAUCUAUUAGGCGGCUUGAAGGUUAACGAGCAGGGUAUUGCACCAUAUUUGCGGCGGAAGCCACCGGGCGAUGAGCAUCAGGUGGACGAAGAAGAAGUAGACGAUGACGACGACGACGACGACGAAUCUGAGUAUUUGAACUUGAUUUUGCCAAUGACAAAGCUUCCAGGGCACAGAGUUCGGAUCCCCCCCCAGCUUAUGCCCUUGGACAGCACUGCGCUUCAAUAUUUCGAACUCUACUUUGAACAUGUUCAUCCUUAUGUUCCGGUCCUGGACAAGGUGGCUUUCUACCGACAAUGGAAUACUGACCCGGAUUCUAUAUCUCCCUUAAUUCUGGAGACUGUGUUUGCGAUUGGAAGUCGGUUGGGCGAGGAAAACCCAAGAGUCAGCAACCACUGGCUGGCGCUGGCUUCAAAACACGCGGAUGACUUCAUGGAUGUUCCUAGGCUGAGUACCCUUCAAGGCUUGCUGAUCAUGAUCAAAGCUCGCGAAGGAGCUCCUAACCGUGGUUACUACUAUCGUUCGUGGAUGAUGGUUGUCCAAUGUGUCCGAAUGGGUAAAGAUCUCGGCUUGGACGAACACUAUGAGAAUCAUGAAUCCGGGGAAUUUGACUCAUGCAACUUAAGUCCUGCCGAAUGUCAACUUCAAACAAGACUCUGGCAGGUGGUUUUUGUUUGUGAAACCAUGAUUGGAACCCCCCAGGGCCGCCGUGACUUGUCAGUCAACGUUGACACAGUCGAUUUCAGCGAACCGUCGCCAAAUACGGCAACCUCCAGCAUUGCAGAUGACUAUGAAAGCGAGCAUCGAGUGUCGAGAACCUUUGUCUACAUGGCACGACUUGUACGGAACGUCCGUAAACUCAAUGCCCUGUAUUUGGGAUUGAAGAAGAGGAAGAACUGGGGCAUACAGCCUGAGUAUUUAUCAUUUGAGAAGACGAUGAAGUCCUUCCUGUCAAACCUCCCGCCGGAUCUGACGAUUGAAUACCAUGGAGAUAGCACAUCGCUGUCCUGGCUACCAAGUGCAUUUCUUGGAAACCUACACUCAUAUUACUACCUCUCUAUUAUCUUGUUUCAUAGAGGGGUACUCGGCUUUCUCGAUCCCUCCGUGAAUGGCUCGCUUUGGAAACGACAUAUGAUGGUUUGCUACGACUCGGCACGGCAUCUGUGCCGGCUGCAAGAGGCAACCAAGAAGGAAUUUGGCCUUGUCGGGCUCCAGAGCAUGCAGCGUGGAUUCAGUUUCACUGUUUAUGCCGGAUUGUCCUGCGUAGUACUGCAUUUGGUGGCGAUUGUCUCUCCCGACCCGGACUUGAAUAGCGAUGCCCGCGAAUAUUUUGAGCGUCACAUGAGAGUAAUGGAGGAAGUUAUGCAGGCGUGGCCCAUGCCUGACUUGCAAAAGCAAAUUGAUGCCUUCAGGGAGGCAUUUUCAGCCGAUUUGAGUAAGCCUUUUGUGCUGAGACCAGAGUUUCCAUAUAUUCGUCAGGGCAAAGAGCCAUCAAAGCAAUUGGAGCAGCCGCUCACAGAAAUCACGGCAGAACCGGCGCAUGUUGAGGGACCAACUCAGUUUGAUCCAUCCACGAGCCAACAACCACAACCCUCGCUUUUGGAUAUAUCAGCCGGGGACGUUGGAUCCAGCAUCACAACACAUCUCGACUCCCACAACAUCCCGUUAUCAUCUCCAUCAACACAUCCGAAUUGGAACCCAGCGCCCAUUUUUAAAACGUGGAACUCAUUCUUUGCUCCACCACCGCAAGCAAGACCUGUUCCUGUUCCGGCUGUCCCCCCACAGCCUCAUCUCUCUAAUACCAUGAACAGCUAUGCUGUUGCAAAUGUGCCUUCAGGUCCAGAGGAUUUUCCGCUGCCCGACACGCAGACUGUGGGGCCGUCUUCGCUUUUACCGAACUAUGAGAAAACACCGCAGGUUGGGCAGCAACAGCAUGUUGCGCAGCAGUAUACUUCUACAGAGGUGAUGGGGUUCAUCACGCCUGGUAUGUGGCAGGAUUUGGUGGCGACUGUUUAUGAAGAGGGGCAGACGCAGCAUUUUUAG